AUGUCUGAACGCAACACGGGGAAUACCGAAUGUGAUGUCAGCACGUUGGCCAACAACCGAAUUACGUACGUGCCGGAGAUGGCGUUCCGGCGCAACACGCGGCUGUCUCUGUUGGAGCUGAAAGGCAAUCCAAUCAUCACGAUGGAUCGCGGGGCCUUCUCGCAUUUGCCUCAUUUGAAGAAGCUGAUAAUAUCGGACAUCCGAGACUUGCGGGAAUUUCCGGACUUGAAUGGAACUUCGUCUCUGGAAAUACUAACGGUUGACAGAGCGUCCAUCACACGAGUGCCUCCGCAGCUCUGCGACUUCACUCCCCAGCUCAAAGCUCUGGACUUGAAAUCAAAUGAGCUCGAGGAGUUGCCGGACUUGAAGAACUGCACCAAGCUGAAGUUUCUGCACUUGGAACAUAACCACAUCACGAGUCUAGAUGAAAUGCCUUUCAAGACUCUGACACAGCUGAGCGAUUUGCUGCUUCAAGGGAACAAAAUUGUGAAACUUGUGCCCGAGGCAUUCAUAGGAUUAUCUCAGCUACAAAUCCUGGACCUGAGUGACAAUUUGAUUGAAGACAUUCAUCCGGACACUUUCCUCCCGCUCACGGAUCUUCAGGAUUUAAACUUGGGGAAAAAUCGCUUCCCUACUCUUCCGGAGAACGGACUGCAAUCCGUUCGGCACUUGAAAGUGCACAAUAUUCCGGAACUGCGCGAAUUCCCACCGCCAGAAAGCUUUCCAAAGGUCCACACGUUGGCAUUAUCUUACGCCUAUCAUUGUUGCCAAUUCCUGCCCGAAGCUCCGCCAUUCGGCGGCAUCGACGUCACAACAGAGUCGACGUUCUUCAACCAAUUGCAAGAGUCCUGGUUUAUUCCUGAGAAGGGUGAUAAAUUCGACGAAAGCUUGUGGAACAUGAACGUGUCCGACUUCUGGCCGGGUCUCUACGAAAAUAUUUCGGAGAAGUUCGGCGAUUUUGCCGGAGAAUUCCUAGAAAAUUUCGGCGAAGGUUACCCCAGCAAUUUCCCGUCAUACAUUGAGUACCUCGACCAGCAGUCGGGGAAUUCUGAGACUUUUAUCAACGCGCAUCACAAACCCGCGAUUCAAUGCAUUCCAAGGCCAGGCCCCUUCAUGCCAUGUCAGGAUUUGUUCGAUUGGUGGGCUUUACGAUGCGGGGUUUGGAUUGUUUUUCUCUUGGCACUUCUCGGCAAUGGCGCGGUCGUGUCUGUCUUGAUCCUCGCAAGAUCCAAGAUGGACGUUCCCCGUUUUCUGGUUUGCAAUCUAGCCGCUGCUGACUUCUUCAUGGGCGUCUAUCUCGGAUUCUUGGCGGUCGUCGACGCGAUGACACUCGGCGAAUUCCGAAGAUAUGCGAUACCCUGGCAGAUGUCACCUGCAUGCCAAGUGGCGGGUUUCAUGGGCGUCCUGAGUUCGGAGCUUUCCGUCUACACGCUGGCAGUUAUCACAUUAGAGAGAAACUACGCCAUCACACACGCCAUGCACCUGAACAAGCGCCUAUCCCUCCGACACGCCUCAUACAUCAUGAUCUGCGGUUGGACAUUUGCGCUCAUCAUGGCAAUGUUACCCCUCACGGGCAUUUCCGAUUAUCGCAAAUUCGCCGUUUGUCUGCCGUUUGAAACAAACGACGGCGCGAGUUUGGGAUACGUGGUGUUCCUCAUGUUCAUCAACGGCGUAGCUUUUGUCAUCCUCAUGGGAUGCUACCUGAAGAUGUAUUGUGCUAUUCGCGGUUCUCAGGCGUGGAACUCGAACGACUCGCGGAUUGCGAAACGAAUGGCGCUGCUUGUGUUCACGGAUUUCAGCUGCUGGGCGCCGAUUGCUUUCUUCUCGCUCACGGCCGCCUUCGGGCUGCACUUGAUCUCGCUGGAGGGUGCGAAAGUGUUCACAGUUUUUGUACUGCCGCUGAAUUCAUGUUGGAAUCCGUUCCUGUACGCCAUUAUGACGAAGCAGUUCAAGAAAGACUGUGUGUUGAUCUGCAAGGCGAUUGAAGAGAGCCGAGUCACUAGAGGCAUUGGCAGGUGCAGGCACAGCUCCAAUUUCUCCAAUCGGCACACACCCGCAAACACGAAUUCCACAGGAGACAGAAACUCGAAUCAACCGAUCCCCAAGGAUCCGUGCUUGUGCAAGAAGAAACCUCACACUGCUGCAUGCCUUGAGAAUCUGAGGCGAAGCAGGAAAACGCAGAGGACCCACUGGUGGAACAGAAUCCAGGCUCUGUUCACACAAAAGAUCCCCGAGCCUUUGGAAUCCGUCGACUCCUCCAACUACACUUACCAAAUAGCCGAAAUGCCGCAAAAGACGAACCAGAAAACUGCCCGAAAUCACUCCGUCUCGUCCGAUAACUUCAGCUCCUCUCGCUCGGAUUCCAUGCGUCAUGCCAACUGCACGGCUAUUCCAUUGCGGAUGAUGAAUCGUCGUCGGAAUUCAUGGACGUACAACACCAGGAGAGGUUCUCAAGACUCGAACUUGUCCAAUUCUCGGAAUGACUCAUCAGCUGCCAGCAACAGCACGGCGACCUGGAGAAUUUCCCGAUCCAGCGUGUCGAGUGACACCAGUCAUGGCACAAGUCACCGCGGACCCCUGGGAAGCUUUAAAGAUAGACGAGCUUCUGAGCUCCAUCACUUACCAGCAUCUCGAAUGGGAAGCUUGAGGUACAAACAGGCACUCGAAGGGAAGCCAUCGUUCCCGUCUCAACUCGUAAAACAAUCAUCCACUGGCAUGUUGAAGAGCUCCCCAGGAACAGCAGUUCCACGACCGAUCCUCAAGCAAGGCGCUCAACUAUCAUUGGACGGUCCAUCCACCAGCUCCUCCGGCUCUUGGCCAGCACAGCACGACAGUUUCCGAGGGAAACCUCGACUAAAACGUCAAGUUGCAAUUCAAGACCAGGAAGAACAACGCGGGGUUUCAUUUGACCCUCAGGGCAGCGGUUCCGUCGUCUUUUGCUGCCCCAUCCAUGGCGAGCGAUUGCAUCCUCGACAUUUCGAAGACCUGAUCGAGUCGAGUCACGAGGCUGAUGAAGAGGAUGAAGCGAAUGGAGACGAUGACAGCAAAUCCGAUGAUUCUGAGGACGAAGACGAAGGAGAUGAAGAACAGGGAAAAAUAAAAGAUAAAUUAGGUUCGCUGGACAAUAAACCUUCGAAUCGUUUUCAACUAAUGCCGGCACAAACACACAUCAACAACGCGCCCACCGCUAAUGUAGGCCCCCGCAAGUUGAGCACGAUCUCAUCAAUAUCCCAAAGGAGCAACGCAUCGAACGCCCAAAAAGAGCUCAACAACUUCUCAACGUCCCCAACUUUGGAGGAGAAUCAACAGGCACAAUCCAGCAUCGACACGUCCAGCCCUAAUUCUUCUCAGGAGGCACAAUCAUCAACUCCUCAAGAUGUGGCAGCUGCUGGGAAACGAACUUGUAGUUGUGACUGCCUCGUUCCUCCGGAAACCGCAGCGUGGCUCGCAGCUUUGCCAAAGGUGAAGCUAAGAACCAAGUGCUCGUCUGAAAACGAGCUCUGCCGAAAAGUGCCGAGAAAGAGCAUUCAGAAACCGGCCGCGUCCUCUCCCCGGAUGAAGGCAGUUUCCAGCUGCAUCAGCAUACAACAUUCCACUUCCGAGAGUCAAGUGCGACCGUCCGAGUCGUCAUCUUGGCAGAACAACAAGUGCCCUAAGGCCGUGUUCGAUGUUUACGAAGGCGAAGAGGACGAAGACGUUUUCUUGCCUUCGGCUGUUCCUGCUUCUGGACCCGGAACAGAAGACGAGAAGGUCUCGCUUCUCGAUAAGAGUGACCAGGAAGCUGUUAGACCGAAAUCCGGAAAACUCCUGGAAAGCAAUCUUUUAGAUCGGGAGCCAAUCCAAUUGGUACAAGUGAAAAUGGAGUUAUCUGACGAUGAUAACAAAGCGACUUCUCAUUACAACCACGACGAUUGGUACAAAAACAUCCCAAGCAGCAGCAGCAGUGUUCAACAACAUCCAACCAUUCAAGAUCAAGGGAUCAAGCGUAAGCGUCGCACGACGAUGACACCACGAAAAGUGCCUCGCUUUGAAAUCCUGAACGAUGAAGAUGAUGAAGAUUUACACUCACGUUAUUACAGUCGCGACUCGCCAGAACCUGAACCGCUCACAAUGGGAUACCACAAAACCAUCACAAUCGCCACUAAUCCGGAUUCAAGCGCAUCAAAAAGCUUGCCGUUCAUGGGACAAAUGACACUCGACCAUUGUCCUCGCCGGGGACGCAAACCCAAGAAGGCAGAUAUUUGCCACCUCAUUGCCAAAAAUUAUUCAGUUACGCCAAUCACAAAACCAUGCGCACGGGAGCCACCUCCACUUCGUCGGAUAUUCCCAGCCACACCAAGCAAUACAAAAAUUACCAGUCACAUUCCAGAAACCAUCACAACAUCCCCAGAAAUGUUUUUCAGAGGCAGCAUGAUCACCCAGUUAAGCACGGAAGACCAUUCUGAAAAGCAGACUUCUUCAGGAACGGAACACGGCCGACAGACUCCGCUGCUUUUUCAAGCUUUGCAGAAUCCACCAGAACAAACGACACCAGCGCCAAGAAAGAAGCAAGCAGAAGUGAGCAUUUGCAAGUUCAAGUUCACUGGAGGGCCAUGCCCGACACUGGAGAAAAAGAAGAUGCUCUCCGUGGAUUCUGGCGGGAAGUUUCACUUUUACAAUGUCAAUGGAGCGGGAAACUCAUCCGGAAACAGGAACACUCAGAUAAUGCAAGUUGGUACGUUCACAGGAGAAGCAGUCUCGAAUGUUCACGAAUUCAUUGCAAUGGACACGUCAAAUCAGGUCAUGGAAUCCACUGCAAAAGUUACCGUUCUACCGUCACCUCGCAUAGAAACUCGGUCUCACACAGCUGUUCACCAAAAUUGCUGUUCCGCACAGCAUCUCAAUCAGGAUGGUGGUCAAAAUAAACGACGUCCUGGUUUAAGAAGAAAAAUGGAAGAAACUUUCAAAGACAAGGGUUUUCUAAUCCAAACUCAGAAGUUUGAUGCUCCACAAGGGGCAACGUUUUGCAAAUUUCGGCAGCUGAAAAAAUUUACAAGGUAUUUGUUUCGAAACUGGAAAGACCACUUACCAACGGAAACAGAAGAAAGUCAACAUCAAUGAAGGCUUCUUAUACCCAGCGCAUAAUUAUUCUACAAUGCAGCAAAAUAUCAUUUUUCUUGAUGGCAAUUAUUGUGUACUUGUAUGUCCAGUACAUUAAAGACGAUUACCUGAACAAUUGAAAUGAAA